CUCGAUGGAGGGCACCGGCAACGACAAGCAGAACGAGUCGGACGAGUGCGACGUGAACGGGGACAAUAGGAAGCGGAACGACGAUGACUCGACCGGGCAAGAGGACGUCGAUUGGAAGAUGAAGGCGGAGGACAAGCGCGAGUCCUUGGAGAACAUGAAUCUGAAGAACGAGAUGAAGACGCUGAAAAAGACGCUGUCGGCCGACGACGAGGAGGUCGACGAGGAGGACGAGGGGAGCAAGGAGUCCGCCGACGAGGAGGAGCGCAAGGAAGCGCGGCGGACGAGCGGCGAGAAGAAGGAGCAGGAGUCGUCCAGCGACAGCACCUCCACCAGCAGCACCGACGACGAGUCCGAGACCAGUUCGGAGGACAAGACGGAGCCGUCCAAGCCGGAGACGGCUAAGACGACGCAAACGGAUGUGACCUCGAGGGAGGAAUCGAAGGAUAGCGUGUCCAAGAACGAGGAUACGACGGACGACAGCGAUAUUGAGGAUGAUCUCGUCUCGGCGAUCAAUUAUAACACUAUUACUUCCCUGGCGGCGCUCAAGGAUAUGCUGCAGUCCUCCGGGGAGGAUUCCGACGGCGUGGACAGUUUCUUCCAUCAUUACUUUUUGUCGCAUGUAAACCGGCUGCCGUCGAGGAAUCAGACGCACAGCCCGUAUCCCUGGGGUAGGAGGCUGUCGGAGUGCCGGGAGGAGGACGAGUACGAGACGGAGGAAGGAAAGAACGUCGAUAACCCAAGUAUAAUCGAGAGCAAGAAGGAUGCGUCGAAGACGCAGGGCGAUAAGGCCGAUAGCGUUUCUUCCAAGACGUCGAAAGCGUCGAGCCCGUCGUCCUCGGAGAAGUCCAGCUCGGAGAAGAUCGACGAGAAAUCCCUGGCGACGUCCAGCGUAUCGGACGCGAAACCAUCGUCGCCGUCAUUGACAACGACGACGACGACAACGACGACGGCAACGACGACAGUCGCGACCACCUCGUCAACGACGACAACGGUUUCCGGCAGAUUUACAACAUCGACCGUGACAUCACCGACGUCGACGACGAAGCCGCCCCUACGGAGGAGGCAUACCACCGGCCCGGGCAUGACCUUCCCCGCGACGGAUCCCCCUUCGUACUCCACCAGCAUGACCUUCUCGAGGACGAGUCCAUUGCCCAGCCCGCAUUUCGACAAAAGGUUCUUCGACAGCAGCCUGAUCGAGAUGAAGAGUCAGGCGAGCAGCACCAGCACCCUCGAUUACGACUCCACGGAGGAGGUGUGGGUGCGCAGGAUGGAUUUCGUGCAGGAGAGAAAACGGCGGGAGCUUGGGUCGCAACCACUACCAACGAUCGUGACCGAGGACACGGAUAAUUCCGGCCAUGUUUCCCAAGGUCACAGGCCACGAGCAGAUACGUGGGGGUCGCAUUCGAAGCCGAUCAAAAAGUCGUCUUACGGAAGCGCACCUAGCUCUGGAAAAUCGACGCCUCUUCCGCAACCGGCCGAACCGUCGAGCUCAUCGAGUUCCGGCAAGGGCGGUCGAAAGACUUCCGGUACUCGAUCUGGUUCCACCAGUCGUAGUAAUAGUCGUAGUAAUAGCGCGGAACGUCGAAGGAGCGGCGGUGGUACAGACGACACCGCCAGUCCUACGAGAAAACCGGCGCUCUUUGAUGCCUUCAGACCGAGGAGCAAGUCGGACGCCAGCAAGAGGAAGCCCAGUAUUAUAGCUAAUAUGAAAAAUGUCGUUCAGCAUUCCUUGCAUAGAGGAUCGCACGGCAGCUCGUCGGUGGAUGUACGUACGGAGAAGGAGCAUCAUAAAGAAAGUCAAAAGGAACAAAAGGAGAAUAAGGAGCAGGGAAGCGGACGGCCUAGAGCUGGAUCCGAGAGCAGCAGGAAUCCUGUGAGCAAAGUUAUGGAUCUCAUUAGGCACAGGAGCCAUAGUGCCUUGAGCGCGGAGGACAAGCGGAAAGCGAGAGCGGCGGUGCAGCAUCAAUCCCAGGCAGCGUCGCAGAGUGCGCACAGGAGAAGUUCAUUGGAUCCUACGGCACGGAGAUUAUCCCUCGGGGCACCCGCGAUACCUCACAGAGCGUCUGAUGCUUGCCUGGAUCCGGUUCACGCUGCCAUACUCUUCAGGGAUGCACGGGGACUGCCGGUGGUGGAUCCCUUCCUGGAGAAAGUUUCACUGUCCGAUCUUGAGGAGGACGAAUCGCAGAUCUUCGUCAAAUUCUUCAAGUUCCACAAAUGCUACGACCUAAUACCGACCAGCGCCAAGCUGGUCGUCUUCGACACUCAUCUACUCGAAAAGGCCUUCUUCGCUCUCGUCUAUAAUGGUAAGGCUGCGCCAUUAUGGGACAGUUCCCGGCAACAGUUCGUCGGCAUGCUGACUAUAACGGACUUCAUAAAGAUACUUCAGAUGUACUACACCAGUCCGUCGGUGACAAUGGAUGAAUUGGAAGAGCAUGAACUAGAUACGUGGAGAAAGGUCCUUAAGGAUCAAGUUCAUCCUCUUGUAAGCAUCGGGCCGGAUGCGUCGCUAUACGAGGCUAUCAGAACCUUAAUACAAAACAGAAUCCACCGAUUGCCUGUGAUAGACCCCGAUACUGGAAACGUUCUUUAUAUCUUGACGCAUAAGCGAAUACUUAGGUUUCUUUUCCUAUAUAUCCACGAGUUACCGAAACCAUCUUUUACCAACAAAACGCUGAGAGAAUUAAGGAUAGGCACGUUCGAAAAUAUAGAAACAGCUACGGAAGAAACUAGCAUAAUUUUAGCGUUGAAAAAAUUCGUGGAAAGGAGAGUCUCAGCGUUACCAAUUGUCGAUUCUGAGGGGAAGUUAGUGAACAUUUAUUCAAAGUUUGAUGUUAUUAACUUAGCAGCGGAAAAAACGUACAAUAAUCUAGAUGUUUCGCUGCGCGAAGCAAACGAGCAUCGCAAUGAAUGGUUCGAAGGUGUUCAGAGCUGCAAAUUAGAUGAGACAUUGUUCACUAUAAUGGAAAGGAUUGUCAGAGCGGAGGUUCAUAGGCUAGUAGUGAUCGACGAUGACGAUAAAGUGAUCGGUAUAAUAUCUCUCUCCGAUCUGCUCUUCUACCUCGUUCUUAGGCCUUGUGGUGAGGAUGGCAGUAGCAAUAAAGGUAGUUCUACAUCAUUACGAGCACAAGAUUCUCUCUUGUCGAAGGCUCCCAGCUCUGCGCAGUCGGAAGCAUCGCUCGCCGACGGCGAAGUCGAGCAGGACGCUGCGGAAGCGACAGAUCGUAAUCAGUCCGAGGAAGCACCGGCGACCCCUAGUCCACCACUAAGCCCGGUCACGUCGGAUAUCUCGGAACCUCAGUCGACAUUAGUGAAUCAAACUCAAGAGGCGACGUGGCGGGAGGUGAUAAACAUUUGUGUCUCGGGCGUCUCGGGUGGGGAAUGAGACGUCGCUGUUUUCGCGUGCCGCCACGCACGGAUCAGACUCCGAACUGAAUUAACAUCGCUUUUAAUCGUAACGACGAAAUGAAUAAUAUUACGACUGCAUAUUUGUACAUCUUUGUUAUCGCCUGCGUUCUUCGCGAGGACGCGAGGACGCGAGUACGCGAGCUGAUUAGUGAUAUACGCCACGAGAAAGAAGCAAUGAACUGCAAGAAGAUGCCCGUUUGAGAAAUAAACGUGGCACGAUAGUGUAACAGAGGAAGUCGCUGAACGCGACGUCAUGAUAUAACAAACACGAUGCUCUGUAUAGUGUAUAAAAUCACUUAAGCUUAAUUUUUUAUGGUACAAAUGCUACACAGAGAUAUGCUAUACAUUAGACGUUCGAGCUUUUUGCCAAGGACAGUAGAUAGCUGCGCCAUUAUUUGCUCAGAAUGCGAUCCUCUGCGCCCUUCUAUAAUCGAGCACUUGGAAAGAAACGACGGAAUUUCGAAAGAAUGAGCUUUGGAGACGCGACAAAUCUUGUAGAUAAAGUCGCAAUUUAAUCAUGAUUAUAUAUUCUUUAUGCAAAUUGUGUUAUUCACCUUUUGUGAGAACGUAGAUAUUCGUUUUGGUCUUGUGUAAUUAGGAUCACGCCAAGAUUAAAAAGCAAAUAGUUAUCGAAGAGUAUUCCACGAUCGAGACAAAGACGAAUACUCGUCCUCGUUGUACUCGCGAGGCUUUUUACGAUUUUUUUCGAACGUAUUGUAUGUCACCGAUCUAAUUAAAUGUCUCUUUGACAUCUUACAUACUCAUUUUGUGAAAACUAUUUUUUUCUCUUUUGUCAAUUUCUGAAGAGAUGUAUUAGAGACAUCUAAUCUUAAUUACUGAUCUUGCAUAAUAAGUAGAUCAUUUUAACACCACUCUAUACUUACGAAUAGACAUGGUGCUUUUUAAGUUCUCCGACAUAAUUUUCAUUGAUUAUGUAGAAGUGACAUCAAGCGUAUAUCAAGCUGUAUAUUGUUAAUAUGUAUUGUUAAAGCACAGUUAGAAAUUAUUUCGGAUUAUAUCUGUAACACCUAAAAAAAUUGCGUAUCCUCUAUCCUAUUUUUUUGAUAUUUCAUUUUUAAUGUAUCGUCACGUGAAUUGAAGAGUAAAUUGCUCUCUGUACAAAAGCCGCAACUCGUUUGCCUCUUAUACUAAAGUCAUAAUAUUCUAUACAAAAUAACUAUAGAAAUAAUAAAACAGGAUCAUUUACUCAAA